UUUUUAUUUUCUUUUUGAAUAAGUCAGUGGUGACAGAGCUGCGCGGCGCAGUGUAAGAGAGGGAAUUUGUCUUGUUGGCGGUGAGAGCGCCGGAUGAGAACGAGAAGGACGUGCAAAGAAGAGGCUCAAGGUCACAGACGAGACAUUCAGCACCUUGACGAUGACGACGCCAAAGGACCCAAAGCAUGUGAUGCUCUUCAUCGGGGUCAACACUGGCGCCAGCCGCAGCCGCGAACUCUUUCCGGUGUUUGGCCAGGCCAUGGGACUGAUCAACGUGGAGCUGCGGGGCGUUGAUUUCCCUCCCGAUACAGCACACACCGCUUUGCGACCCAUUUUGCAGCAACUUCGGGACACACCGCUUAUGCGCGGCGCCCUCAUCACCACACACAAGCUGGCGGCUUACGAAGCUGGAGCUGACAUGUUUGCUUCCUGUGAUGAUCUGGCUCAUGAGUAUGGAGAAGUGAGCUGCAUCUACAAGGACGAAAAGGGGCAGCUGCAUGGCUGGGCGGCUGAUUUUGACAUCAAUCGCUACAUUUUGCGCAGCCUCCUCGAGUCGGACCACUUUGCCCGACAUGCCAACGCGCGUGCCAUUGUCAUGGGUGCCGGGGGCGCCGGCUUGUCUGUCGUGCAAGUCUUGGGCGAGCUGUUUCCAAAUGUUCGUAUCGAUUUGACAGACGUGGAUGCUCAGCGCUUGGCCUGGGCGCACCGCGUUUGCCAGGCGCGUCAGCAGGUCUCGGUCGUUGACGUGCGUGGCGGCAGUCCAGGCAACGGCGAGCUUAUUACAGCCGGCGGACCGGGGUCCUUUGUUGUCAAUGCCACGGGCUUGGGCAAGGAUCGCCCAGGCUCGCCGCUGGCGGCGAGUGAUUUUCAAUGGCCUGGCUGGACCACGAUCAUGGCCAAGGUUUUUGGUGUCGAGCUCACAGACGAUCUUUUUGAGCAUGUGUGCCAGACCGUACGGACCGUCGACCAAGCUUAA